GUAUAGUAGAAGGUGCUCCACAGCGAGAGAAAUCCAGGCUUGCUGCACCUACACACGCUGAGUAGAGGUUUGCGGCGACUGGGAUCUUUUAAAACCAUGCUGGAUUGACUGCAGAGAGGCAACUACAAUCAAUGGCUUGGCUUUGAAAUCGUUGGAAAUUUAUUGGAAAGGAGUGUGAGACAGAGCGACAGUGAGAGAGGGAGAGAAGCGAGGGAGAGAGCGAGAGAGUGGCGAGAGGGGUGGAAAUAAAGAUCCUUUCAACGAUGGAGCUUACAAUGGAAAACAUUGGAAAUCUGCACGGUGUUUCUCACUCCCAUCAAACGAGCGACUUAAUGAACUCCCCGCACGCGCGCCAGUCGUCGGCGUCGCAUCGGAACUUGGUGUCGCACGGGCGCUCAGCCAUGGUGUCCAGCAUGGCCUCGAUACUGGAGGGAGCGGGGGACUACCGUACAGACCACGCACUGUCUGGGCCGCUGCAUCCGGCCAUGACCAUGUCGUGUGACUCCGGGAUGAGCCUAAGCAGCACCUACACCACACUGACGCCUCUGCAGCACCUGCCCCCCAUAUCCACCGUGUCGGAGAAAUUUCACCACCCGCACCCACAUGCUCACCAUCAUCCGGCGCAUCAGCGACUUUCAGCCGGGAACGUUAGCGGCAGUUUCACCCUGAUGAGGGACGACCGCAGCCUCGCCUCCAUGGGUAACCUCUAUGGUCACUAUCCCAAAGACAUGUCCGGCAUGGGGCAGUCUCUGUCCCCCCUCUCCAACGGGCUGGGCUCUUUGCACAGUUCCCAGCAGACUCUCAGUGCCUACGGUCCCGGUGCUCACCUCUCCAAUGACAAGAUGAUCUCCUCGGGGGGCUUCGAGUCCCACGCGGCCAUGCUGUCCCGGGGCGAGGAGCACCUGGCCCGGGGUCUUGGGGGCCACGGGCCCGGACUCAUGACCUCAUUGAAUGGCAUCCACCAUCACAGCCAUCCGCACUCUCAGGCAAACGGGUCAAUGCUUUCUGAGCGGGACAGGCAGACGGUGGUAGGAGGCGGACAGGGCGGUGGGUCGGGGCAGGUGGAGGAGAUAAACACAAAGGAGGUGGCACAGCGAAUAACGGCAGAGCUCAAGCGUUACAGCAUCCCGCAGGCCAUCUUUGCUCAAAGGAUCUUGUGCCGGUCCCAGGGAACUCUGUCCGACCUGCUGCGGAAUCCUAAACCAUGGAGUAAACUCAAGUCAGGCCGGGAGACGUUCAGGAGGAUGUGGAAGUGGCUCCAGGAGCCCGAGUUCCAGCGGAUGUCGGCGCUCAGGCUUGCAGCCUGCAAGCGCAAAGAACAGGAGCAACACAAGGACCGCAACACGGCGCCCAAGAAACAACGCCUGGUCUUCACUGACCUGCAGCGCCGCACACUCAUCGCCAUCUUCAAGGAGAACAAGCGCCCAUCCAAGGAAAUGCAGAUCACCAUCUCCCAGCAGCUCGGUCUGGAGCUCAGCACCGUCAGCAACUUCUUCAUGAACGCACGUCGCCGCUGCGUGGACCGCUGGCAUGACGACCACGGUGCCAGCCCAGGGCAGCCGGGCACAUCCGCCACCACCUUUUCCAAGGCCUGAGAGGAGGAGGGGACGUUCAGAGGGCCAGAGAACCAGGUGGGAACAACAGGCAUCAUGGGAAAUUGGCUGUGAAACCUGCCUAUAACAACCCUACCUGGUUCUGGACCAUCUGAAUGAGUCCUCUGCCUGAAAAAUCCUUUGUGCCAUGCAAUCAUCUUUUUUGUCAGUCAGAAGUUCAAGCGCUCACCUGCAACAAGCAUAAUCUAAAAGGUGAAAGGUGAAGUCAGGUUCAC